AAAACCACACCCAUCCGCUCACAAGCUGACCUGAAGAAAUUGCCCUUAGAAGUGACUACCAGACCUUCCACUGAAGAACCUGUGAGGAGACCUCAGCGUCCUCGGUCACCUCCUUUACCUGCAGUGAUCAAGAAUGCUCCUAGCAGACCCCCUUCUAUUCAAACUCCCAGACCAACUAGCCAACUCCGAAAGGCUUCGGUUAUCAGCAGCUCCCCAAAGCUGCCUGCUCCAGCAGCCAGAGGAGAAAUGAGUACUUCUAGACUGCUCCAGCCAGCUGAGGCACCCCGAAAGCCUGCAAACCCUCCCAUCAAGACUACACCCCGACCUACCCCUCCUGUGCAGCCUUCGCCACCCUCUCUACUCCCCAACUCCAAGAACCUUCGGGAGGUCCCUGCUCAAAAAGCCAUCAAGUCUCCAGUGGUCAAGAAGCCAGAGCCACCUGUUAAACAUUCUAUGGCAACCUCAGGUCGGAAGCGGAGUCUUGCAGUCUCUGAUGAGGAAGAGGCUGAAGAAGAAGCUGAGAAGAGGAAAGAGAGAUGCAAACGGGGCAAGUUUGCAGUGAAGGAGGAAAAGAAGGAAGCAAGUGAGCUCUCAGACAGUGCUGGGGAAGAUGACCCAGCUGAAUUCAAGAAGGCUCAGAAAGAUAAAGGAUUGCAUGUAGAGGUACGUGUGAACCGGGAGUGGUACACAGGUCGUGUCACAGCUGUAGAGAUGGGCAAGAAUGUGGUUCGGUGGAAAGUGAAGUUUGACUACGUGCCCACAGACACAACACCAAGAGACCGCUGGGUGGAGAAAGGCAGUGAAGAUGUACGACUGAUGAAGCCACCUUCUCCAGAGCAUCAGAGUCCUGACACGCAGCAAGAAGGUGGAGAGGAGGAAGAGGAGGAGGAGGAGGCUGUGGUGGCCCAGCAGGCUGUGGCCUUGCCAGAGCCCUCUACUUCUGAUGGUCUCCCCAUUGAGCCUGACACCACUGCCCCAAGUACCAACCAUGAGACUAUUGACCUCCUGGUCCAGAUUCUUCGGAACUGCUUGCGAUAUUUCUUGCCUCCGAGUUUCCCCAUCUCCAAGAAGGAGCUGAGUGCUAUGAAUUCAGAAGAACUAAUAUCUUUUCCUCUGAAAGAGUACUUCAAGCAGUAUGAGGUGGGGCUCCAGAACCUGUGCCAUUCCUACCAAAGCCGUGCUGACUCACGGGCAAAAGCCUCAGAAGAGAGCUUGCGCACUUCUGAGAAAAAGCUUCGUGAGACAGAAGAGAAGUUACAGAAAUUGAGGACCAACAUUGUAGCACUCCUGCAGAAAGUACAGGAGGACAUAGACAUCAACACAGAUGACGAGCUGGAUGCCUACAUUGAGGACCUCAUCACCAAAGGGGACUGAGGAGCUUGGAGGCAGAUAACUCCUCUGCACACCUGCCUCUCAGCACAGCAGCUUCUGGGGAGGGGGAUUUCAUUAGUGAGUUGGUGGACUUAAUCUUGGUUUGACUCAUGUGGGACAUUUGUGCUUUGGGAAGAAGAUUCUUUGAAUCUUCCUCCCCAAGUUUACAUAAAUAUUUAUUUUUUAAAAGAGAAGAUGUUAAUGCCUGCUGUGAGACCAUUCUUUUGUGUGACUCUUAAGGAAAGGGCACAGAGUCUGAGCCAUUGAGCUCCUGGCACCUCAGGAUAGUAUGAAGCAAGCACCAUCCUGAGUUGGAGAGGCUCCAGGGGCAGGGUGAUUUUUCUCCUAGAGGAUCAACAAUGGGACAUGAAAAAUACAUGACCCCAGGGACUGAGAUCUACAAGACCCAUAAGGGGGUCAUCAAAAGCAGGCCCAGUACCAAGAAAGACUCUCCUUGUAACAGUUGAUCUCCUUGUGUCCAGUCAGGGCUGUGAAGGUCUGUAGGCUCCUGUGCAGCUGUCAGAGUCAUCCUGGCCGUGGCCAUACCCAGACAGUGUUGAGAUGAUUCUUGAUGCUCAGAUUUCCCAGCAUACCACCUACUCUAUUGAUGAAGGAGCCAUUGCCCGAGUCAGCCACACUGUCCAAGCUCAAGUGUAGACAGCUCUGACUGGUCAGAUUGCUGGACUGGAUAGCACUCUGAAUGUUGAACUCCUAAGAUUCUCAGGGUGUGCAGGUGUAAAAGAUCUCUCUGGAAGAGGAGGCUUCCUCAGUGGUGCUAGUUCCUAGAGAGCCUUUGCUGCUGCUUUUCUACUGCGUCCUCUGUGGGUUCCAGAGAGACCAGCACCUCCUAUGCUCUGGAACAGUGAGGAGGAGGAACCAUGUGCUUCAGACAACUACUCAGAGCCAGAAGGGCAAGAGCUUCAUUUGAUGGCCAUUGGGAGAAUUCUGGUUCCAGUCCUGCCAAUUCUUCACUCCUGUUGAAGACCACUGAAGAUACAGCUGUGACUUUGUAUUCUUGAUCCAAACCACAUUGGGAUUUGUUUCCUCCAUCUACCCAAGUCCCAUGGUGUUUGCAGAAGAUGGGGAAGUGGUGGUGAGGGAACUGUGCACAUGUGGCUAGAAGUGCCUGCUUGGGUUCUAGGCUACCCCAGACUAUCUCAUCAGGCAAUCCCUGAUGCAGGGUUGUUUGUGGGGGAGUAUCAUUCAGAAGUAGUCCUCUUCUCUGGAACAUUCUCCAAUAAAUGGGUUUCCUGAGUUGGUGCACAUAACCUCCCAAUCCAACUUUCUGUUGACCCUAUCCAGGCAGUGUGUGGUCCAUUUUUGUCUGUAAACCCACUGUUUAAAAGAAAAUUGGUCCUGCAUUUUUAUUGGCAGGUAAUUUUUUUUUUAAGCCUACACACGUAAUCAAAAUGUGUUACCAUAAAUUUCUACUGGUGAAAUUCUUGACUCCUGAGUUCAAUACAUUCUUAUGUGAAAUACAA